AUGAGCCUGGCUGCUCUUGUUGCUAUAAUCAUCGUUCUCAAGGAGUAUGAUCAAAAAUCGAUGCCGUCAUGGCCACUUGGAAUCACGCUCAAUACAUUACUUGCUUUUUUGACUGCCAUUAGCCAGGCUGGGUUUGUCAAUCCGGUGUUUCAAGGCCUUUCUCAAAUGAAGUGGAAUUGGUUUGUCGACAAAGAUAGACCGUUAGCGGACUUUCAGAAGUUUGACAAUGCCAGCCGAGGCUCAUGGGGUAGCAUUUUACUUGUUUUUAGUAUGAAAGGCAGGCUAUCGGUUUUAAUGGCCGCAGUGAUCUUGGUCAGCUCGACAGUCACAUCGACAAUCACGCAGGCAGUGUUAAAUCAAGGCAUGCGAUACAUUCCUGGCGAGGGAAUUGCUCAUAUCUACAACAUGAUAAAUGACACCGGCAUUGUUGAGUCACCGACAUGGAUCACCAGCAAUAUAAUGAGCGCAAUUUUCACCCCAACUAAUUCAACAAUUCUCGAAUAUACCCAGCCGAUAUGUACUACUGGCAACUGCAAAUUUCCUAUUUUUAGUUCCCUUGCAGUGUGUGUUGACACAAAUGAUAUCACAGACAAGCUCAUCAUCGAGGAAACUGCCGAGAUAUACUGCACACAGGCCAUUAAUGAAACGAACAAAUGGGAGCCUUUGACCUGGCCGGCUCCAGUCUGCCACAACUACACCCGAGCGGGGCUUUCUCAAGAUAAAUACGUCUAUCUAACUCCUUGGGAAGAGAGCCCUCUAAACUCUUCUAAUAUAUUUGUCUCGGAUCAUUUUUAUGGUGACGACAACUUGGAUACUUGGGACAGACUUUACACUUUUUCCAACCAAAGUUUUGCUUACAAUGGAAUAUUGGGGACUCAGAUUAUAUACGUCAACCAAUCCGAUGCAGCUUCAGAGUUGUCGCCUACAAAAGACAACAUUACACUCUUUAUGCCUUACACUCGAGCGGUGGAAGCCUUGUUUUAUAUGUGUGUCGAAACUUAUAAUGUAACAGUGGUCAAUGGAACGACCAGUACCAAUGUGACCGGGACCACCAAACAUACGACUGACUUUCUUCCAUGGGGGUUUAUAGAUGGUGGAAAGCCAAACAUACAAUACAACAGGACUUUUACGGUGGAUGGUCACAAUUACACUUACGCCGAAGCAAGCGUAACCAUACCCCAGGUACUUGACAACAUCGUUACCGGGGCGUUCUACACCAACCAAAAUUUAGAUGGAUUAUCCGGCAUGACACCUUACAGCUACGCUCUCGGCCAAUCGCUUUAUACGAAUUCCACUUUUAUUAAUGUGACGGGUGUCGAGAGGGACCAAAUUAUGCGCCAGAAUAUCGAAAAUUUGCUUGGGAAUAUGGCCAGAGGAAUGACAAACUGGUUUCGUUCGGUCUAUCCGUCACCUGUACAAGGCCAAAACUACGUAUCCGAUACAUACGUUAUCGUCAGGUGGCCUUUCAUUGCCUGCUUAGCUAUACAAGUGAUUUUUUCUAUUAUAUUUCUCGGUUGGAUUAUGCUUGACACUAGGAUGCGAAAAAUUGGAAUCUUGAAAGAGUCCGCAUUAGCAGCACUCUUUGCUAUUCCCGCAGAAGACAGAGCAACAUUGGACAACAGGCUCUCUACGGUGAAUGAUGAGAAAGAUUCAAUUGGACAGGUUGGAAACACUUCGACCGCAAACUUGGCCAAGGGGCCUUAUGGGCAGUGGAAUUUGACAUUGGCCAGGUAG